AUGAAAAUUAGCAAGGGAAUAACAAGGGAUGCGAGUAAUCCACUUGAAUUAGACGAGGCUAUGUUUAUAAAAAAUUAUAGACUUAACAAAGCUUCUUUCACAUAUGUGCUCGGUGAAUUAGAGGAGGGAAGCGCAAUUAAUCAAAUCACACGCCUGGCAUCUGUGCUACGCUUUCUUUCGGAAGGCAGCUAUCAACACGGUGUUAGAAAAGAUUUUGAUGCACCAAUGGCUCAAUCAACGUUUUCCGGUAUUUUAAAAUCCACACUAGCAGUCCUGCAAGCACGUUUAUAUCCUCAUUGGGUAAAUCUGAAUAUGACAGACGCAGAAACACAAAAAGCCAGUUUGCAUGGAACGCAUAUAAAAAUCGUUUCACCGAAGGAGGACAAAUUUCUUUUUUAUAAUCGGAAAGGUAUAUUCAGCAUCCAAUGCCAUGAUUAUUUGUGACAAUGAAAUGCGAAUCAGGUACGUCAAUGCACAAUACCCAGGAUGUAAUCACGAUUCUCACAUAUGGAAUGUGAGUAGUGCAAGGUCCUUUUGUGAGAGGAAAUAUUUAGAAGGCGAGAGGAAUUGCUUAUUAUUAGGUGACGCCGGCUACAAUGCAUCCAUGGUUAAUGGCUCCGUUUCGUUCACCACAAUUAGGUAGCCCAGAAAGUGUAUACAACAAAGUACACUCAAAAGCAAGGAAUAUAGUAGAAAGAACUAUUGGAGUUUUGAAAAAUCGUUUCUGAUGUAUUUUAGGAGCUCGCGAACUCCACUACGAACCCUCAAUAGUAAGCGAAAUCGUGAACUUGGCAGCGGCUUUACACAACAUUUGCUUGCACUACCGCGUUAUAAAUGAUGUAUCAGAACAUGUUCCAGAACCAUUGUCCCUCAGCGAAGCCCCUGAAACAGCAGCCACUAGCACUAAUGAAGCCGCAUCACAGAUUAGGCAAUCCAUUUUGAUGACACUUUUAUAAUAAAUACUGAUAUUCA